AACCGGCCACCGCCCAAAGGGAACUGCUUGGACUGGGAAGCGACUCGCGUCCAAGCCAAGCCUAGCCACCGCCGCUUUCCCCGUCUCCGCUCUCCCCACCACCGCGCGGCGAGGCCGAGGAAGCGAGCGGCGAGGAGCCUGCCCGGCAUGCAUCACGACCCCAACCCCUUCGACGAGGGCGGCGCCGAGGACAACCCCUUCUCCAAUGGAGGAGGCCGAGGCGGGAGGCAGCAGUACGGGUUCCGGCCGAGUGAGCCCGUGGGGUUCGGGGGCGGCAGGGGCGACGCUACCGUCGACGUGCCCCUCGACAACAUGGGCACACAAGGCUCGAAUGGCAAGGCGAGGGAGCUCUCGUCGUGGGAAUCAGAUCUGAAGAGGCGUGAGGCGGACAUCAAAAGGAGGGAGGAAUCACUGAAGAAUGCUGGAGUGCCAAUGGAGGACAAGAACUGGCCGCCAUUCUUCCCGAUCAUCCACCAUGACAUCGCUAAUGAGAUACCGGCCAAUGUGCAGAAGUUGCAAUAUCUGGCAUUCGCAAGCUGGCUUGGAAUUGUGCUUUGCCUCUCGUGGAACUUUAUUGCUGUCAUAGUUUGCUGGAUCAAGGAGGGAGAUUCAAAGCUAUUUUUCCUUGCAACAAUCUAUGCUUUGCUUGGAAUUCCCCUUUCCUACUUGAUGUGGUAUAGACCCCUCUAUCGUGCAAUGAGGACUAACAGUGCAUUCAGUUUUGGAUGGUUUUUCCUGUGUUACCUGAUCCACAUUGGUUUUUGCAUAAUUGCUGCCAUUGCUCCACCAAUUGUAUUUCAAGGAAAAUCAUUAACGGGUAUAUUGGCUGCAAUCGACACUUUCUCUGAGCAUGUCAUAAUUGGGAUCUUUUACUUUGUGGGGUUUGCACUAUUUUGCUUGGAGACACUGCUGAGCAUUGGGGUUCUUCAGAAAGUAUACAUGUACUUCCGAGGGCACAAGUGAAGCUGGUCAUGAUGGAAAUUUCCAGAAGUCAACCGGCAGCGUCUGCAGCGAUCCUGUGCAUACAUAUCAGUACACCUUGAGUCUGUCUUUUGUUCUGGCAAGUAUUAUAAAAAGUUGCUUCUGAGCAAUUAUUGAGUAUGGAAGACAGCACCGCUACUAUAGGGUGGUUUCUGAGAUGGUGGUUUGAUUCUUUAUAGCUGUGCUUCAUGUGUUAUCGGGUAGUUUAGUUGCAAGUUUGGCAUGUCCGUGAACAUUACAGUAGUCAGAACUAGUCUUAAAACUAAAGAUGAGCCACUGGCAAGGAAUCAUAUUUGUGCUUUUGACAAUUAGCUUGUGGUGAACUAUAUAUAUCCUUGUGCUAUCGUGCUUAAAUUUUGUUGAACUCA